AUGACCUUCGCUGGAACUAACUUGCUGCUAGUUUUCGACUCCAGGAGCGGUACUCUGAAAGAUUCGAGAGACUUCAACGGCGGCUUUGGCCUGGUUCAAAUGCUUGGGACGUCCCAAUACAUGGCCCUUGUCGGCGGCGGCAAGUCACCGAAAUUCGCCAUAAAUAAAGCCAUCAUUUGGGACCAGGAAAAAGGCAAGGUGGUAACGGAGAUCUCAGCAUUGGAAGCCGUGCGGAACGUGCAGCUGAAUCGUCAGAAGAUUGUGGUUGUUCUGCAGCAUAGCGCACGAGUGUACGCCUUCUCCAAAAAGCCCAAUCUCCUCCACGCGUAUGAGACGGCGGACAACCAAGGGGGCCUUUGCUGCCUCACCAACGAUCGACUUGUCAUCCCCGGUAGGACAUCUGGCCAAGUCCAAAUAGUAGAACUGGCAACAGGCAACGUCAGCAUCAUACCAGCACACUCCUCUGCGUUGCGCGCGCUGCAAGUCAGUCCUGACGGGGAGCUUUUGGCAACAGCAAGCGAAACAGGCACUCUGAUUCGGAUAUUCUCCACAGCGAACUGCGCAAAGCUAGCAGAGCUGCGACGUGGCGUUGAUCCGGCGACGAUCUUCUCGCUAGACUUCUCACCUUCGAGUACACUGCUGGCGUGCACGUCGGACAAAUCGACACUGCAUGUCUUCGACGUACCGCAUCCUCGGAAACCGAAUAGCUACAAGAGCAACCACCAGCGCGAAGCCGAAGGGAAAUGGGGGUUCAUAGGCAAGCUGCCCAUGAUGCCCCGGGUCUUCUCUGACGUGUACUCCUUUGCCUCCACAACUUUUGAGUCGGGAGAUGAGUUGGUGGCCGGAGGCAUCAUCCCAGCGACACAAGGGAACCAUGCGAGCUCGCCGCGACCAGCAAAAGGCCUGAUAGGGUGGAUAGAGGAAAAUGCCCUCAUAGUGGUCGGCACCGGGUACAAGUGCCGAUGGGAGAAGUUCAUAAUUGGGAUAGGUGAGGAUGGUAAGCGGAACUGUUAUCGAGAAGGGUGGAAGCCCUACCACGGGCAGUCGUAG